AACGGAACAAUCAUAUCAACUCCAUUAUUCAGCUCAAUCAAUGCAACAAUGACACCCAUAAUGUCAUCGUCAACUAAUGCAGCAUUGGUGCCAACCUCAGCCUAUAUUAAGACGUUCAGUACCAAGUCUAUAAUAUUAAAGGGAACAAUCAUAUCAACUCAGUUAUUCAGCUCAAUCAACGGAAAUAUGACAAUCAUAAUGCCUUCGUCAACAAAAACAACAGCAAUGCCAACCUCAACUUAUAAUGAGACUUUUAUUACUACCUCUACAUUGUUGAAUGGAACAGUUGAAACAAUUACGCCAGCUACAUUUUUUAGCUCAAUCAAUGGAACAAUGGCAACCAUUAUCACACCAUUUUCAAGAAAUAAAAAUAUUUUCACAACCUCUACCUUCAAUCAAAUGUACCUGCCUACCUCCACGUUUAUAAAUGGAACAAGGGAAACCAUUUCCCCAACCUCGUCCUUUGUCUCCAAGCACCAGUGGACGUCAUUAGUUGUCACUGAAACAGUUUCAACCAACACUGGGCUCUCGUCAAUAGAUAUUCCCCAUUCUUCCACUUCAACAAUAAUCAAUGGAACAAGAGAAAGCAUAACACGAAUUUCCACUCAAUCAAUGGUAACACCUACUUCAAUUUACAAUGUCACAUAUUUGUCGCUGUCCAAAACCGUUAAUACGGCAAAUAAGGUAUCAAGUGUUUCGGCAUUUCCACAUUCAACAGGAAGAACGUUCGUUUCUGUUCCAACAAAUGUACUUCCUACUAUCAGCUCAAGUAUUUUUUCCAACGCGGUUAAAACAUCUAUCCCAAUGAUGUCUAGUAAAAUGAGUCACGACUCCCUUGCUUUUUCGGUUUCAUCUUCUCUUGCAUCUAGUUUUGUAACAAGUUCGAAAAGUACAAGUUGCUAUGGAGGUGUCAAUAAGUGCAGUACAGACUCUUUGUUUCCCCCUACCACAACAAAAAGUUCUUUUGUACAAAUUUCAACUGUCAGUGCAAGUUUUUCACAUUCAUCCACGAUAUCCAUUACACCUACAACGAUUUAUGGCAGAAAAUUCAAAGGACUUCUAACGUUUCCUGGUUUACCGUUUAGUGAAGCAUUGCUUGAUAAAAGUAGUAGAGACUUCAAAUCUCUCGCACAAGAAAUACAGCAAAGACUUUUAUCAAUCUAUGAAGAAAAAGUAGAUGGCUUUUUGCAAUUGAAUAUUUUACGUUUCACAAAGGCAGAAGAAGGCGUGAUCUGUGAGUUAACGGUUAUGGUACAAUUUCAGUCCCGAACUAAUGCUGAAAAAUUGAAGAUCAUUACUUUAGAGGCCAAUGAGGCAAGUAAUGUUGGUAAUUUCAAAAUAACUUCGGCGUCAUUUGUGGACUGGACUAAAGAAGUUGAACUUAAAAGACGACGAUUCGUGGCUACUGCAAUAAUACAAAAUAAAAAGUUCACGGAUGCACUAAAAGAUCAUUCAAGUCAAGAAUUCAAGAAGAUGUCCAAGGACUUUGAAUCUGCCCUUAACAAAAUAUAUAGUCGAACAAUUACUGGAUUUCUUUACACUCGGGUUACAUCUUUUGAAAAAGGGAGCAUUAUAUGUACUUUUCUUAUAAUUACGACUGCCCAAUCAUCAGCAAAUGAAACACUCCUGACAAAUGUACUACAACAUGCUAAUAUUAGCGCAAACCUGAAUGGUUUCGUACUAAAAGGUGACGUUUUCAUUAAUCAAAUCGAACCAAAGACCCAACCGAGCAAGGGAAAACUAAAAGAAUGGUUGAUAGUUACUAUCGCUGUUGUGUGCUCUCUGGUGCUGGUGAUGGUCAUGCUUCUUAUAGUUUGUGUUCAGCACUUGAGAAGGCAAAAACGACAGCUGAAGUGUCAGGAAUCGUAUGACGACUGGCCAGAAGACUCAAGCACAAUCGAAAUGAAGGAGUAUAAAAAAAGAAGAAUUACGCAAUUUAGAAUAGAAGACGCUUAUGAAUCACGCAUGGAAAUGGCCAGUGCUAAUUUAGAGGAAAGAACGGCUGCACCAGAAGAGAUUGAUAGGGAGCUUUCUUUAUCUCUGAAUUACGAAUAACUGGAAUUCAUACCCAUAUAAAGAAAAAAUGAGCCAAUCGUAAUCCACUUAUUGCUCUUUUUCAUUAUGACGUCACAUGAAAUAACACUGAGAAAUAUGGUCGUGGAAAGGAGAAAAAACAGCAACACAAAGAAAAUUUAAAAAAAAAAAAAAAUACUUUUUAGAACUUAGAAAAGCAAUUAUAGCCACCAAAUAAAGUUUGCACGAGGACAGGUUUUUUAAAUGUUUGAAAACCAGAAAACAGAGCUAUCAAUUCAGCUGCAGAGUAAAAGUAGUCCAAAUGUUUAUCGUUCUUUACCAUUCUGUCCCCCUUAGAAAUUAGCUGCGGCGUCAUAGUAAAAUAGGGCAAUUCGACAGCCAAGCUUUUUGUGUCUAGCUUCACUAACACUAGGUUCAUACUUCGGGGUUUUUUCGUUUUGUUUUUGUUUUGCU